ACCACCACCACCACCACCACCGCUCCGCUAUUCCCAUCCCUAUCCCCUCCACACUCUCCAUGUCCACAGCACAGAACUCGGGCGCAGCGCCCGUGGCGGCGGCUACAGCCACAAGCAACGCCAGCGCAGCGAGCUCGGCGACGACGACCAGUGCGAGUAGCACAGCUAGUGCUGCCGGUGCUGGUGCAGGGAAGACGGCCGAGGCAGGAGCUGCUGCUCCGGUGGCGGCUCCUGUGGUGGCAAAGAAGACGGUGGCCAGGACGACCUUUGUCGACUUUGCAAAGUGGGACAUCGGCGCACUCAAGCGGUACAAGCGGCACUACAAGCUGCGGACGGCGCCUAACGCCACCAAGGCUGAUCUUGUCGACGCCGUCACUACCCACUUUCAGUCGAUGCCGGUGGAGGAGUACGAGAUCAUCUCGUUCUUUGUCUUUGCCAUCCAGAACAAGGACAAGUAUGCUCUGCUGACAUGAUCUGCCUCCCUGCUCCACUUCACCAUCCCCGUCCCCCAUCCCCAUGCCACCCCACCUCACCCCUCUUCACCCCUCCUGGCACAUCGUACGCAUCUGUUGCGGUAAAACACUGAUGUCUCCCA